CUUAUCCUCAACAUCAAUCUCUGGUUUCUUAACAACUUUUUUCUUAUAAACCGUUACAUGCCUUCCCAGAAGAAAGUCCAGUUCUCGCAAUCGAUCGAGUUCAUCUCUACCUUUGGGGAUGACGAAUAUGACCGUACAUGCUUGGAGACGACUCCUUGCACCUAUAAGGAUAUGUUUGAGCUCUUACAAUUGCGCAUGGAGCUACGCAAGCAAAUGGAGAAAAUGCUUAGUGAAAGAGACGCCCAGGAUUCCGCAAACGAAUUAGAUUAUGCAUCUUCAACGUCAUCUCCAGCAACAUCUACCUCUUCAUCUGAUGAAGAAGUCUUCAACUGAGAUACCCCAUUGUCGCACACAGCGUUACCGCCGUGCGCACAUUCAUUGACCUCUACAUAGCCACCGCCCUCUCAAAGUACCCAGCUCAAGUUCUCUUGAUAAUUUUUUUUCCCCGUUUACAUUCAAAUUUGCCCCAAUUGUAAUAUAUUGCUUUUCUUCGUUUUGAAUGUUUUUGUACUUUUUGUAAACCAAUAUCUCUUUAACUACAUUUUUUUCAACACUUUGCACCAUUCUUACAGCUCUUUCCGUUGUUCAUCAUCCAUAAUAUAUAGAUCUUUUAUUACAUUCUCCUUGAUCACCGUCGUCUGACCUCAAAUUGAAAAUUUGGUGGCCAUAUUUGCGCGUCUUGUGUGACUCUCAGCAAA